CAAACGGAAAGAAUUCAUCAUAGCGAAGGAAAACUAACAUGGGUGUUCAAGAGCUGAUGCUAUUAGCCAUGCUUCUUUUCUCCUUCUGCUCUCCAGCAUCGUUUUCUCCAGUAAAUAUACAUGAAAACAUGAGAGAUCAUAAGCCAAUAGAUAAAAACGAUUCUAUUAUUGGUGGUGGAGGUGGCAGUAGAAUGGUAAACGAAAGCAAGUAUACAACUACUGUGAGAGCAGCUCGAGGUGGCGGAAGGGCGGGAGCGGGAGGAAGUGGUGGUGCGCUCAUACCUGUAUAUGCUGGCGGAACAGCUGGUCAAAACAGAAUUCACAAAGGUGCUGCACCAUGCAGGGAAGGGGGAUUUCCAGUUCUCAUAGCCACGUCAGCAUAUCUUUUAUUGCAUAUAUGCAGGAACUGAUUGUAUAACAUCAAGUCGCCUUUGACUCAAUGACAUAGGUGUAUUCGAUAAGAUAUAUAAGAUUAGAACUCAUGACCUCUAGAGUCUUGGGUAUAUUGAAGUGGAUCUUUUAUGAUUCAUAUGAUACCAAAUAACAUUGUAUUUCUACCCAAAAAAAAAAGUUUUUAACGUAAUUUGU